AUGGAUUUCCAUCUCGUGCCCCGCGGGGAAGAUCGCAAUUAUACGGGGUUCCUGACGAAAACGAUCGUCUACACCGGUUCUUUAAUCUUAUUCUUAGCCUCCUUCGGCCUAACCGUCUCCUCCAUCGUCAUCCCAAAAUGGGUUAGCUAUAGCAGCGAGAAGCCUUCCUUCCACUACUCCUACGGCCUCCAUCGCCGCUGCUCCUCGCUCACCGGCACCUGCGACAGCUUCCCGCAGCGCGAGGACUGCCACGGCGAGGACCGGUACUUCUGUUCGAUGUGGCGGUCCGUCGGGUUCCUGAUGUCGUUUGCUGUCGUGCUGGAGGGGAUGAGCAUCGUUGCGUUUCUGAUCGUUUUGUCCGGCGGGAAGCGGUUGCGUGAGUCCGGGUGGAAGACUCUGAGUCUGUUCAUUCUGUUGUCUGCUGUUGUGCAGGCGGGGAGUAUGGGGAUUGUGGCAUAUCUCUUCGACAACGAGGAGCGCUUCUUCGUCGGCUGGCGCCUCGAUGAGUCCUGGAUCUAUUGUACCGUCAGCUGGUGCGUGAGUCUGGUCUGUGCUGCGGCGUUGAUCCUGGCUGCGCAUACGUUGCCUUCUGAGGGCGGGUAUGAGUUGAUUCCGGAUCAUUCAUGA